AUGACUGCAGACUGGGAAUCCGAAGGCCGCGAAAAUGGUAGUUACCAGGCCUGCACAUUUUCAGGCUACAAGUCACGUCGGCCGCCAGCCACCAGCCACCAGCAGAAGAGUUCUGCUGCUGAUGGAAUUCUGGCUCAUCCAGAAAGCAAGAAGGAAUCUAGACCUGAUAACCAAAGCACAGAUGAAUCACAGACUGCUGGGAAAUGAAGUUCAGUCUCUAGCAUUCCUAAAACCAAACAGAGGAAGAGCAGGACUGCAACAGGCUCACUAGCAGAGAUAACUGAACCUUCUACUGAUGGAGAGCUCUCCGCAACAGAGUCAAUUGUUUCAGUGUCUGAGAUCCAGGAGCCUAUUCUAAGAAUAACUAGGAGAAGGCAGAUCGUAACUGCCCCCACACUAGUGUCCACGGUAAGAAAAAAGCAGAAGAUAACUCGACUGAAUGACUCUGUUGCUGAAGAGAUUGUCUCUGAAGCAGAAUCUCAUGCUUCGGGUAUUUCUAGGAUUGCGCCUUCCCCAGAAAUGACAAGAACCAGAAGUAAGGCUAAGUCUGUAAGAGAUCAAAGCCAAGGAUCACGCCCAGAAGCUGUAUCUGAUGCUGACUCAUUGUGCUCUGACAUUUCAUUCCCUGGAAUUACACAUAAGAGAACAGCCAGGAGUAUGCCAAGGAAAUUACAGGCACAAGCUGAUAAUAAAUAUGCUAGUUUACUAAACAAACCUGCGCUCACCCAGUCUCAGGACAUAGAUGAUUCUGUCUUACUAGCUCUCCACGGUGAUGAAAGCCAGCAGUCUGAAGGCAGUGAAAGUGAAGAGGAGCUGUGUUUUGUUGAAAAUAGUGAUCAAGAGGAAUCACUGCAUGGAAACUCAGAAAACAUGUCUCAGGACGAUGAAUGCUUUGUAAUUGACACUGCUCCUGAGUUGAAUGCUGAUACAAAUUUUUACUUGGAGGAUAAGGCAAGGGAGGUGACCACUGAGGAAGAAAAAGAAGGGAAAGAGGGUGAAGACAGUGAAGAAGAACCAUCAGACAGUGACAGAGAUAAAGACGAGUAUAGUGAUGAAGCUGACUUACUAAAUAACACAAAGUCUAAACUUAGGAAGUUGAUGAGUAAUAGUAUAGACCCUGGUCUGAGCAUCAAGGUAUUGGGUGGUGUGUAUAUUAACUUCAAUGCAGAGAAACUUCAGUCUAAAAAGAAAACUCUAACAUAGAUCAAGGAGAAAAAGAAAAACUAGCUUCCACAGAAAGCUGUUAUUACACCUGUUUUGAAAAAAAAAGAUUGUGUCCCACCAUAUGGUGAAUCAAAGCAUCAGCGUCAGAAAAAACGUAGGAAAGAGCGACAAGAAACUGCAGGUGAUGAUUGGUUUGAUAUGAAAGCUCUAGAAUUGACCAUUGAACUUAAAAAUGAUCUCAGAGCUCUGAAGAUGAGAGCAAGCAUGGACCCAAAAAGGUUUUACAAGAAAAAUGACUGAGAAGGCUUCCCUAAGCUCUUCCAGAUUGGAACUAUUGCUGACAAUCCAGCUGAUUUCUACCAUUCAUGGAUUCUCAAGAAGCAAAGGAAAAGGACUGUUUUGAAAGAAGUGCUGGCUGAUUCUGAGUUCAGAAGAUACAACCGAGAGAAGUACUUGGAGGUCAUGUCUGAAAAAGCAGCACAUGCAGCAGGAAAAAAAUUCAGAAAGAAGAAAUUUUGCAAUUAA